AUGUUCCUCGUUAAAGCUUUGCUGAGUGGAGGAGGUAGCAGCAGCAGUCGUGGAGGGAGCCUUGCACGUGGCCUGGGAGGUCUCCUGACAGGAGGUGGACAUGGAGGGAAUGUUGGAGGACUCGUUGGAGGUCUUGUCAAUCUCAUAAGCGAAGCAGCAGUUCAGUAUAAUCCAGAGCCGCCUCCCCCUCCUCGCAAUCACUUUACAAAUGUGGAAGCUUAUGAGAGUGAGGAGAUCAGACAAUUUCGUCGCCUUUUUGCCCAGCUGGCUGGAGAUGAUAUGGAAGUGUCUGCCACAGAGCUAAGGGACAUCCUGAACAAAGUCGUUUCCAGACAUCAGGACUUGAAGGCAGAGGGCUUCAGCUUAGACACGUGCCGUAGCAUGGUAGCUGUCAUGGACUGCGAUACCAAUGGCAAACUGGGCUUUGAAGAGUUUAAGUAUCUGUGGAACAACAUCAAGAAAUGGCAGUGUGUAUACAAGCAGUACGAUAGUGCUCAGUCAGGCACUGUGGGGAGAGCUCAGCUGCCGAGUGCCAUGAAGGCUGCAGGGUUCCACCUGCACGAGCAGCUCAGCCAGGUCAUUGUGCGCAGAUACGCCGACGAGCAUGGGAACAUGGAUUUCAACAACUUUAUUAGCUGCUUGGUACGACUGGACAGCAUGUUCCGGGCCUUCAAGUCCCUGGACCGAGAUGGAAGUGGACAGAUCAAGCUGACCAUUGAUGACUGGCUGCAGCUCACCAUGUAUUCCUGA